ACUCUACGCUAUUGAUUCUCACGUCUCACGUCUACGUACUUAUGUUUGCCUAUGUUUUAAAUGUGUAUUUUAGCUAAAUCAUGGCGGUUUGUUCAUUAUGUUUGAUUGUUUUCAGUGCCAUUGUGGGUUUAAUCGGUUUGGUAAUUUACAAAUUAUUUUCUAAAAAACCUAUACCACAACUUGAUAGUACGCAGUAUUGGGGACCUGGAGAACAACCUAAAGAAAUUGAUACAUCUAUUAGAAGCUUUAAAAUAGAAGUAUCUGAUGAGGAAAUAGCUGACUUAAAAUGGCGCUUGGACCAUCUAAGACCCUUACAACCACCUCUAGAGGGAAUAGCCCAAGAAUACGGAAUCAAUUCGAACUUGGUAAAAGAAAUAGUGGAAUUUUGGAGAACGAAAUAUAACUGGAAAGAACGCGAAGAAGUAUUUAACCAAUACCCUCAAUUCAAGACCAACAUACAAGGUUUGGACAUUCACUACCUUCAUGUUAAACCCGCAAAUCCAGGCCAGAAAAAAGUUGUACCUCUGCUGCUAGUCCAUGGCUGGCCAGGAUCUAUCAGAGAGUUCUAUUACGUUAUUCCUACUUUUACUAAAGUUAGUGAGGAGAGAGGUUUUGUUUUUGAAGUUAUCGCUCCUUCUAUACCUGGAUAUGGAUUCUCUCAAGCAGCUUCUAAGCCUGGACUUGGUGCUGCUCAGAUAGCAGUUGUAAUGAAUAAUUUGAUGCAGCGAAUUGGGCAUAAGAAGUUUUAUUGUCAAGGUGGCGAUUUUGGUGCUAUAAUCCUACAACAACUUUGUGUCUUAUAUCCAGAAAAUGUUCUGGGAUAUCACACCAACAUGGCCUAUGUAGCAACCCCUUGGUCUUACAUAAAGUACGCUCUGGGCACUUUUAAUAAAUCUUGGGUUGUCAAACCAGAGCACACGAAUAGAGUGUAUCCUUUGUGGCAAAAAUUCGAACAUAGAAUUCUGGAAACUGGAUAUCUUCAUCUCCAAGCUACCAAGCCUGAUACUCUAGGAGUUGGAUUAACUGACUCUCCAGCUGGAUUGGCAGCCUACAUAUUAGAAAAGUUCACGACUGGAACAAAUAUAACUUGGCAGAAAAGAGUUGAUGGUGGACUUUUGGAAAAGUACACAUACAUAGAAUUGUUGGAUAAUGUAAUGAUCUAUUGGUGGACUAGAACGGCCACAACUUCUGUCAGACUAUAUGCAGAAUCUUUUAGUAAAAAACAAAGAGCUAUGAAAUUGUUGAUGUAUCCAUUAAGAGUCCCCACUGCUAUAGCCCGUUACAAGUAUGACUUUUACUUUGCAGACGGCAUUUUAGAUGAAGUUUUUCCAAAUCGACUACAAGUGUCGGAUUUGGAUGGAGGACAUUUUGCAGCCUUUGAAAUACCGGAUUUAUUUGCAGCUGACGUAAUAUCGGCAGUUGAGAAGUUUGAAAAAUAUAACAGUAUUAAAGAAAAAACGGAAUAAAUAUAAUAAUAAUUACAUUAUAUUAAGUAUUAAUAUUAUUAUUAUUGGAGAAAGAUAUUUUUGUUAAUUGUUAAGACAUUUCUUUAAGUUCCUAUUAAUAUAUUACAGUUAACUGUGAAACACCGUAGAAA